AUGCAGGGCAAGGCGGAUGGUUCUUUUAAAAGAUUCAGUAAGUCAAUGGACAGUCGUCAUGUCUUCCUUGGCGGACAAGCGGCCCAGGAGUCUGUGGUGAGGAGCGGCAUGGAAAAACUGCUAGCAGCUCAGUGCUUAGCUCAGGAGCGAUACGAUGAGCGCCGUUGCCAUGGAUGCAAACGGGUUAAUUGGGCGGGCUCGUCGACUGGUGGCAUCUCCGGUAGCUAUGCCGAUAAUACUGUUGGCGACAUAUUCUGCACUGGCAAUGAUAAGCUCAUAAUGCGCUACAAUCUCGGUCUGCGUAUUUUCAACGCCAUACAGCUGCAGGGAAUCAGUGCUCAGGCGACUGUUGAGCAGGAAUGCCAGAAGAUGACUGAGCGCAUCGGCGGCACUGGUGGCGCCAUUAUCAUCGAUCACAAGGGCGAGAUAGGCGUGGCCUGGAACUCGGAGCACAUGGGCUGUGCUUACUUGCGCGACGACAUCAUUCAUAAUGGGAUCCUUCACAAUGAGGUAUUUCAGGAGACGCUGGUUAUGCAAUUGUCAAGAGUACCUUCAAUAAAACAUUAA